AUGUCUAUGUUUGCUUGCUUUUAUGCCUUAUCUUCCAUGUUAGCCUCUCUAGUUCAAGACUUUGCCACGCUUGACACCUUUAGCAGAACUAGUGAGUAUCGCCGCCGCCAGUUCGUUCCAAUCCACCCAUGCAUAAACCAUAAACCUUCUCAGGUGAAGAACCCCAACGCUCGCAUUGAACAUGAAACCAGUACCUCCAAAAUUGGUGAAGAUCAACUAUUUUACUUUCAGCAAAGGGAAAUUGAGUUUGAGAAAGCCAUGGCUGCCAUGAUUUCUGGGUUUUGCAGGGAUGUUUUCAAUGAGCUUCCUGAUAAGUUUGGCUCCUGAAGUGAAUAAUCAACUUAUGAGUUUGAAGCUUGAAGGGUCAGUCAGGUAGCAAGUAGGUU